AUGACGACAACAACGAUACCAGCGACUUAUCUAGAAGCCCACAGAGCGCUCUGUGUGAUUGUUUGUCUCGUGACGGCUUAUGGCUCCGCGAUGACACUGGCGGGUCGUUCCGCAGCGCUCCCUCUGUUCGAUGGUCUUGGGUUUGGUCCCAAUUCUAACGGGCUGAAUAAGGACGCGGUCGAUUAUUGUAUCUUUAUGUUUGGAGUUUUGGGAGCUGUCAUUGUUGGUUGGAUGGUCCUCAUGUGGUUUGUACUGCGCCAUCUCGCUGUGCACCCAGAUGUUACCGUACGAAUCACGGCCCGACGAGCCGUGACGUAUUCUGCAGCCGCCUGGUUCUUCUUGGAUACGGGAUUUAGCAUUGCCAUGGGAGAGCUGGAGCACGCCGCUUUCAAUAUCCCUUUUCUAUCGGGCUUGGCAAUCCCGCUGUACGUAAUGUCCACCUCCGAAGUUCACACGAAAAAGGGCCAAUGA